AUGAUUCUCACGGCACUCUCUGUGCUUGCGCGCCUGGGCGUACUUGCUGCAUCAAUCAUUGUUCUAGGCUUAAAUGGCAAGUUCAUUCAAAAUCAAGCAUGGGCCACAGGACCUUUGAUAUACAUCGAAGUGAUUGCUGCAGUCAGUGCCGUGGCAGCAAUUAUACCACCUUUUCCUAAUUUUCUAUUCGAUUUGAUACUUUUUGUGGCAUUAAUAUUAGCCGCUAUCUUUGCACUGGUUGUGCAAGUCUUCGAGUCAACCUGCUAUGGAUUCCGAACGGAUAGCGGAUUGUCUUGCGCAGCGUACAAAGCUGGGACUGCUUUUGCAUUUUUAGCGUCCUUUGCAUGGCUUGCAAGUGCAGCUUUUGGAGGUAUCCGCAUUUUAGGGAGUAUAUUUAAAAUUAGUUCGAACAUAAACCGACCUAUCCAUAUCGGGGCGGAUCGACGAAUUGAAGAUGGAAAAUCCCCUAGUAAUGAUAUGAAGAAGAAAAUAAAAGGACUUGGAAACAACCAUAUUGCAAAAUAUUUUGUGUGUUAUGGGCUUCUUGCUGUCGUGUUAGUUGCUGUUGGACUUGCAAUGCUAUUUCUCUUCGCAGCUCCUGCAUUUGGCGAGUAUCUUCUCGCCCGAGUACCCAUGCCGAACGUGAAUAUAACCUUAUCACACCCUGCCAAUAACAGUAUCUCUUUUACUGUGACCAGCAACGUCACUGUGCCAGACAGGCUAAAAGUUAACGUCGAUUCAACUACAAUAUCUUUCUAUCAGGAAGGCCCUGAACCAGGCACCUAUCCCUUCGCAGUAACACAUUUGCCACGCCUAACUUGGGAUUCUAACCAGCGGGUCGGAGUUGAAAAUCAGACACUUAUUUUACAGAAUAUUACCGAAUUCACAAAACUGAUUUACCAGGUAGCCUACUAUCCUACAUUCAGGGUAUCGGGUCGAGCUAGAGCCAAGAUUCAUGUUGGUCCAUUAAAUACUUGGGUGAACCUGUACAAGAUUGUCACGUUGAAUGGGUUCAAUAACUUCACUGGAUUUGAUAUCAACAAAAUAGGAACACACAAACCCGAUGCGAACGGCUACGACGUAGACGGCCAGGUCAUUGUUUUCAAUCCAGCUCCAGCAAGCGUCACAUUAGGAAACAUGACGUUGGCAGUCUCAGUUGGUGGUAUCCAACUCGGAGAGGCAGUCGUAACAGUGAACAAUAUCGUACCUGGAAAUAACACAAUUAACGUCAAAGCUAAGCUAAAUGCUACAAGUGUGCGCAACAAUAUUCUUCCUGUACUCCAAACAGAGAUGCCAUACCUCCGACAAGAACUUGUAGUGGCCUCUGCAUCCGGUCUGUCGGUGGUAUACGAAGGACAGCAUCUACCAUAUUGGGAGAAGGCAUUCCAGGCGUUGACGAUUUCUGCUACUAAUCCCGUCAUACCACUUCUACAGCUUCUUGUCAAUGGUACUCUAAACAAUAUGCUUGGGGAGAACCAGUUUCUCAGUCCGAUACUGAAUGCAUUGUUGGGUACGCUUGUUAGCUCUAUCAACAGUAUACCGGAAGAAGAUGAAGCUGGAUUUGAGGAAGCUGUGAGCAGCCUUGGAGAACUCAUUAUCAGAGUAUUGUCGAAUUUAGGGUUAAUAUAG